AUGCCAUGCAGCAUCUCUGGCUUCCCUGUCCUGCAGAUGUUCCGGAAGUUUCUGCGAGUUCAGCGCAGAGAGACCGGGACCAGUGCAGCUGAGGGCCCAGCCGAGCCUGACUCGGGGCUGACCGAGCUCCAGGCAGAGCCUGAUGUCAGCCUGGAUUCAGCUGAGCACUUUCAAGACUCUGACACCAUAAUGAAUGAGGACACAGCAAACGGAGACAAGGCAGUGACUGAGGACGUGGCCAUGACAAAUGCCAACACUGGAGAGACUGAAGCCACCGCAAAUUCUGACACCACGCCCACUCCAACUCUGAUCGAGGAAUUAAUACCAGAGUAUUUCAGGGACCCUUGUUUUUCGUCUCAGGAGCAGCUAAGCAGGCUGGGAUCAGGCCUGGAGGCCUCCCAGGACUUUGUGCCCCCUCAAGCCGUGAUCACUGGGGCCCCUCAGCCUUUGAGGCCAGCACAGUGUGGCGGGAAGGGAAGCUGGGGAAGUUGCUCCCUUGAAGAGCGCUCCAAGUUUCCCCCAGGUGUCCUCCAGGUGCCAGCCAUUGUAAGGAACAUCCACCAGAGGCUGCUGUCCCAUGACACUGUGGAUGCCAGGCUGAAAAUUGACAUUGUGAGGCUGGCUGAAGAACAUCCUGUUGAUGUGGUGCUGACCCUCCUGCGCUGUGCCCCAACGUGUGACAGAGCUGCUGCAAUGAUGUGGAGAGCCAUUGCUUCAUCAAGACUAACAAUGGAGAAAGUGCUGCCAGCACUGGUCCGUGUAAUGGAGGAUUGGCCUCUGAGCAAAAUGUGCACCUCCGAUGGGGACAAUCAGGAUGUUUUUGCCCUGGCUGCAACUCUGGUGAUCUGGGUGAUUGUCCAGGUGCCUCUGUACCAUGAGACAAGGAUUCAUUCUUUCUACCCUCUGUUUACGGCUCUGCUCUUCCACGUUGUCAUCACCACACAGCAGAUGCCACCAGAGGAAGUUGAAAACUUCUGGAGAGCAUGCCAGGAGGAAAAUCGCCUUCCCUGCAGGCCCAACAGGUUUGCAGUGCAGGCCAUGAAGGCUCUGCUCUACCGACUGCAGUGUGACCAGGAGGUGAUGGAUAUGGAGCGUAAGUGUGGCUGGGACACGCUGCUGACUGCUCACACCCAGCACUAUGCCGUGGGUCUGCUGGCCAGGGAGAUGUGCCAUGUCUUGACCUCCAUGUGUUCCCAUGUUGCAUACCGCCUUCUCCUCGUGCUCAGCUGUGAAAAGCCAAGGUGGGAUCUGCCCUUCCUGGCAUUCCUUGUGGAGGUCCUCGAGUGCCUGGACUUGAGUAAAUGUGCUCACACUGUCCUGAAGAUCAUGUCAAGUUGCCUGCACAGCAAGUGCAGGGAGAGGCGUCGCCUGGCACUCAGAGGCCUUGUGGUGCUCAGCAAGGAUCCCUCGAUGGCCAGACCUAUACGCAGCGUGUCUCGAAGACUUCUGGAGCUGCUGGGUGAUGCAGAUGGACAGGUGGUCAGCAUGUCCCUCUCUCUGUUGAAGAAGAUGCUCCAGAAAAAACAUCUCAUGAUAUCCAGCACUUCUGCCCCAAAGCUAGCUGAGGCACUCCUGCCACUCUUUGACCGUGACAACAGCCAUCUGCAGCUGCUCUCCAUUUCCCUCUUCUGCAAGGUGAUGGAAUUGGUAAUGGAAGAGGGUAAAAAGCCCCUGAAGAGAAUUGUGAGCCAGAGCCUGCUCCCACUCUUCUUGUACUGCCAUGAGGAGAACCAGCAUGUGGCAGAGGCCUCUAUGAAAACGCUGUAUUGUGCGGCUGGCUUCUUGGAGAAGACGGAUCUCCAGAGGGUUCUGAAGACAGAGCAGCCAUUGAAAAUUGAUGAGUGCCUGCUGCUAGAGGACAGGAGACAAGCGAGCGAGCGCAUGCAAUGGGCCCUGCGGUUCCUGGAUAGCCCACAGGAGUCCCUGCGAGAGGCGGCCUUCAGGAUCAUCGGGAUGGCCGCGCGCUACCUGUCGAGGAAGAGGGAAGAGCUCCAGUUCCACAGUCAGGCCAUUUCAGUCCCAAGGAAAGACACUAGUCUGUCCCACUGAAACCUGAAUAUUCACGCCCGGUUUGCCAGAAGAGCUGAAGAAUUAGGUCCAUCUUCAGGAUGCGGUGAACCAGUGUCCCAAGAACAGCACCAGGAGACACUGAACAGGACACCAUCUCCCAUUGCCGCUGGAGCUCCAGGCACAGCUGAUGAUUGGUACAGCUGAGCCUGUGGGAAGCUCACAUGGCUUCUGGCCCUUCCCUUCCUGUAGAUACCUCCCUCCCUCCAGCCCUCAGACACUGCCCAUUCCCUCUUCCCCUCCCAUAUCACCCCUUGUUUUUGGAUUUCAUUAAUAAACGGUUUGGCUUCUUCA